UUGAAGUUGCUAAAUUAGGUACCUAAAAUACCUACCAAAUUACACAAAACAUAUUAAUGUGUUUUAGAUUCAACAUAUUAUCUUGUUGCAUUUGUAUGUUGUUUCAAGACUCUAUUUAUUUUCUGUAGUGCAAAUAUGAGAAAAUGUGUGUAUUGUAAAUUUAUUUACAAAAAAGGGAGUCAAACAUCGUUUCACAGAUUUCCAACAGAUGUUAAUGUGAAGCGUAUAUGGCUUGACAAUAUGAAAGCUAACUGGAGUCCUAAAGAAUAUGAUGCUCUUUGCUCAAACCAUUUUGAUGAAACAUGUUUUAUAGACCAUCAGAAUAGAAGAACUCUUAAAGUGGGGAGUGUGCCAACAAUUUUUAAAGAAAACUUUGAAGUUUCAGAAUCCUGCAGUGAUGAUGUAGCUAGAAUAAAAAAAGAGGAUGUGGAAGAUCAAAAGCCAACAAUUUCGCAUAUUUAUGUUUGCAAAUUUGCCAUGGAAACUCCUGCAUUAACUGAAAAUAUGGUUUCAAGUACUUCUAAGUCUAGCUAUCAGUCAUCGGAACGAAACGGUGCCAAGCAAAUUAGUGUGAUUAACUUUGAAGAUUCAAAUAUGGCUGUUUCGAACCAUCAUGAUUAUAAGACCUCUCAAAUUCUUAAAUCAAGAAUACAAUAUGGUUUGUCGCAUGACCACAAAUAUGUUAACAGUUCCGUACCUCAGAAGAAAGCUUUAAAGCAUGCUAUGAAAAAAUUAAAAGCUUCAAAUUUAGAGAAGAAAAUUUUAAAGCAACGUGUAAAAAGACUAGAAAUUAAAGUAGCGAAUCUUAAGAGCCGAUUACGUCGUCCACCGCAUUCGAUUUUAGGUAUUUAACCGGGUGCAAGAAUCGGUUGGCACACUCACGCACACUGGUAUAAGUUCAUUGCUAAAAUCGGCUGGCCCACCCACGCACACCGGGCUCAUACAUCGUCGACCGACACCUCGUUUAAUAAAUUGGUAGUUAUCGAAUUGGCUGCCUCUUUAGUAAGUUGUUUGGUGGUAGUUGGUUCAAGAUCACUUUUUAUUGCAGAUGUCUUGGAUUUGACUUCCGGGCUGUGUUUCAAGAUUAACUAGAUUUUAGACGCUCUUUUUUUCUGAGAUUCAAUCUAUUUUAUAUCUAUUUUACUAAAGAGCUUUUUCUGGUGUUGAUGAAUUGUAUAGUCUAACUAAUGGAUACGCAACAAGUCCAAAUUCGUGUUUUCGGUAAUCUUUGAUUAUUUUUCUCGAUAAGAGUAACACUUCUGUGAAAUCCAAUUGAUGUACAAUGAAGUUUAACUUCUCACUAUUUCUGCGUAUGGACUGGGUCAUUGAAAUAACUACAUAAUUUGCACCACUCAUUGGUGCUAAACCAUAAAAGCCCGGGCGCGCAUAACAAUAAGAUUUAACUGAAUGCAACAAGCAAUUCAUGACCUGUCGAUAGGCAUUUUGCUUUGGCGUUCUAAACAAGGGUAUUUACAUUAUGAAAAAUAUACGCGAAGUUUAUAAGUGGUCCGUAGGAGUUCAUGCGUGUUCUAAUAUAUUUGUUGGAAAGACUUUACCUACAUACUAAACUUUACGUAACUGUAACUUGACGUAAAAAGAGAGCAAAUCAAUCUUAAUCAAACGAAGUACCAUGUCCUCAGAGGUAUAUAGGAAAACAGGUAUAAAUCCUGAAAAAUUUAUAUUUGCAGUACCACGUCUAGAUACUCCCAAACAACCCAUAAAUUUAAUAAGAUAUUUGUAAAAAAAACUAUUGUUAUUAAGUGUUAUAAACUAUUGUUAUUAAAUUA